GAAAUUUUCCCUGAAACUGAAGGCUAAAUUCGGGCCAGAGGUAUAGGAGAAGGAGGACUGGUAAUCCUGAGGGGGGGAGAAGAAAGAAGGCGGUGGGAAAUGGCCACUCAGGUGGAGGCUCUCCUGCCCAGCAAUCCGCUGGCAAAGGCGGAGGAGCAUGGCAAAGUGAUCCGAGUGGAGCCGGAGGACGAAGGAGGUGAAGGCCGGGGUGGGGACGGGGCCAAGCGGCAGACGGGUGUCGCCGACCAGAGCAGCAGCAACAGCUCUGAGCUGGGAGGGACCGCUGGUACGGAGUCGUCAGACGGGAGUAAAGAAGACAGUGACAGCGGAGACAAGCAACACGAGGAGUGCGUAAAGGGCAGCAAAAAGGAGUUUACGGAAGCUCCACCGCCCAAGGUGAACCCGUGGACUAGGAAAAUGAACGCCGUGACCGUGGUCAGCGUAAACGGACAAGCACACCAUGAGCCGACUGGUCCAACCAAGGUGGUGAGAGCUGGGAAUCCACCCAAAACCAGACGAGGAGGAAAGGUCGGAGACUUUGGUGAUGCAAACAGCUGGCCCACACCGGGAGAGAUGGCAACAAAGGACAUGCAGGUAGGAGAUGAGAUCGAGACAGUGACACGGACCGUGUCCUGUCCGCCGACUGUCAGGCAGGUCAAAGACUCGUGGAGAUUCAGUGUGCCGAAGAGGACAAUGAACAAGAAGGAGUCGAAGGAAAAGAGGGAGAGCAACGAGGAGAGCAAGGAGAACCUGAAGGCCAAGUCUGACGACUCUGGAGAGGAGAAGAAUGGUGACGACGACUCCCAGAAGAAUGGCCCCAAGAAGAAAGGAAACAAGCAGAAGUGGGUUCCCCUGAUGAUCGAGGUGAAGUCUGAGGGUCCCAGGGAGCGCUCUGCCUCCAGGAACAACAGCCGACAGAACGAAAACCCCCGCAUCCCGCCGAAUGCCAGGAAUGACCUCAGAGACUGGCACAGUCAGAAGUAUGAGCGGGAGUGGCGUGACGAUCAUGACGAGGUGUCCAGUGUGAAGAGUGAAGGGGCCCCAUUCCGUGGGGGCUUUAGAGGUCGUGGGCGUGGAAGAGGGAGAGGCCGUGGACGAGGGAGAGGAAGUGGAAGAGGCCACUAUGACUAUCACUACAGCUACAAGUCCUACGAUAUGAAAGACGGCUCCUAUGGACAAAAGUUCGGCAACUCUGUGACCUACUACUACGACAACAUGAGCAGCAACGACCUGUACUCUGUGGACCAGGACCUGCUGAAGGACUACAUCAAGAGACAAAUUGAGUACUACUUCAGUCUGGAAAAUUUGGAGCGGGACUUCUUUCUGCGUAGAAAGAUGGACCAGGAGGGUUUCUUGCCAGUUGGACUCGUCGCCAGUUUCCACAGAGUUCAGGCCCUCACUACUGACGUCAACCUCAUCCUGGAAGCUUUGAAGGACAGUAAAGAGGUGGAGCUGAUCGACAUGAAGAUUCGUCGAAAGGUGGACCCUGAGAAGUGGCCUCUUCCAGGCAUGAACCUGCCUAACCAAACACACACCGACUUCUCCCAGCUAAUAAACUGCCCUGAGUUUGUCCCCAGACAAGUGACUGAGGAGCCCGCAGGGUCUCCCAGGGCGUCCACACCAGUGCACCAACAGACCAAGACUGAAUUGGACGUGUCCAACCUCAAGACCAUGCCCAAGGGCCUCUCGGCCAGCCUCCCCGAUCUGGACUCUGAGUCCUGGAUUGAGGUCAAGAAGAGGCCCAGACCAUCUCUGGCUAGACCAAAGGUCAGCAGUGAGAAGAUCUCCUCAUUGCAGCAGAAGGAAAAGGAAGAAAGUGUUAGAUUGCCGGUGCCACAGACUGGUUCGUCACCCUCACCAGCUACCUCAGGAAAUAAGGAUGGAGCCGAGCAAGAUGAACCAGAGGAGCUGGACUUCAUGUUUGACGAGGAGAUGGAACAGAUGGACGGGCGACGCAACACCUUCACCGACUGGUCAGACGAGGACUCGGACGGAGAAAUCGACGACCAGGACGUCAACAAGAUUCUAAUUGUCACACAGACGCCUCCUUACCUGAGGAAGCACCCGGGUGGCGACCGCACCGGCAACCAUACUUCUCGCGCCAAGUUGACCAGCGAGCUGGUCAAGGUGAUCAACGACGGGCUCUUUUACUAUGAGCAGGACCUGUGGGAGGACAACUACGAGCCGGAGUAUGCAACAAUCAAGCAAGAAGUGGAGAACUUCAAGAAAGUUCAUCUGAUCACUCGUGAAGAGUUUGACUGUCUGACGCCUGAACCCCAGGUUGACCCUAACCAGGAAGUCCCACCAGGUCCACCCCGACCCCAGCAGAUUCCCACAGACGCUUUGGCCAACAAACUCUUUGGCGCUCCUGAGCCCUCCUCAAUAGCCCGCUCUCUCCCCACUACUGUGCCUGACUCGCCCAAUUACCGCAGUGCCCGGACGCCUCGCACACCGCGCACACCACACCGUAAAGACCCGACCAUGACGCCGCGCUUCUACCCAGUGGUGAAAGAAAGUCGACCUGUUGACGCCAAAACGCCCAGAAAGAGAAAGACCAGGCACAGCUCAAAUCCACCUAUGGAGUGUCACGUAGGCUGGGUGAUGGACUCCAGGGAGCAUCGGUCACGUACGGCCUCUGUCAGCUCUAAUGCCAGUCCCUCGGAGGGCACUCCUGCCCUGGGCAACAUCGGCUGCACGCCCCAGUCCCUUCCCAAAUUCCAGCACCCAUCACACGAGCUGCUCAAGGAGAACGGCUUCACGCAACACGUUUACCACAAGUAUCGUCGACGCUGCCUAAAUGAACGCAAGCGGCUGGGAAUCGGCCAAUCACAGGAGAUGAACACGCUCUUCCGCUUCUGGUCAUUUUUCCUGCGAGAUCAUUUCAACAGGAAGAUGUAUGAAGAGUUUAGACAACUGGUGGUGGAGGACGGGAAAGAGGGAUACAGGUACGGUUUGGAGUGCCUCUUCAGGUACUACAGCUACGGACUGGAGAAGAAGUUCAGGCCCGAUAUCUUUAAGGACUUCCAGGAGGAGACGAUGAAAGACUAUGAAGCUGGUCAACUUUACGGACUGGAGAAAUUCUGGGCAUUUUUGAAGUAUUCUAAAGCCAAAACCCUGGAGAUUGAUCCUAAGCUGCAGGUGUGCCUGAGCAAGUUCAAGCGUCUGGAAGACUUUAGGAUUGAUCCACCUAUGGAGGAGGGAGGAGGACGCAGGAGGCACUCGUCCAGCGGAGACGGGAGACGCAGACACCCCUCACAGCCUUCCAGCCGGCCCCACAGCCAGGCCAGCACAGGCCCUGCCCCACAGGGCCCCACAGCCAAGGACGAUGCCAAACCCAGCAGCCAGAAACCCUCCAGCUCCGAACCUGCUGCAGACGCCAAGAUUCUGAAGUAACUUCUCUAACAAACACACACUGACACUGGCCCGCAUGGAUCAGCUCAACCACAUCUGAAAGAUGCCAGUUUUACCAGUGGAAAAGGUGGGGGGACGUAGCAUCUCAAUAUUAGAAUUUUUUUUUUCCCCAGUAUUUUUUUUUUAUUGAGAAACAAGGAAGACAACAAUAAAAAGUGAGCAUUUUUAAAACAUUAGAAUAUGUGAUAUCAAGGCUUUUUUUCUCCUCACACCAUUGCUGGAUGGUUUAUGCUAUGAUGGAUUACUUUUUUUUUUUAAAUCCCCCCGCCCCCACCACUGAUACCACCGGAACUUACUAUUUGAUCAACGCUGUGCACAGUGGCUGAAAGAUUUUUGAUUUUCUGCCUAGCUCUCAGAUUGGUGAAUAUAAUUUUUAUUUUUUGGCGUGUGGUGGGAUUGAACACUUGGACACAGUUUGAACUUGACUGAGCUUCUGAAAAAUCCCACUGACGGCUGCCGUGGAGGCCAUGCUGACCCCCCCUCCCCCUCCCCGAUAUUCACCCGGACCAAAGUGGUUUGAACAAAGCGACAGACAUUUUCAUCCACAGGGCCACCAGUGCUGUCUGCUACAGAGGCAUGCAAAAAAAGAGUACAAAAGAAAUAUUUGAUUUACUUUAUGGCUGGACUGUGAACGGGGGACAAUUUAAAGCCAAAUGAUUAAAAAAAAAGAAAGAUGAAGAGACCCGUGGGACCCCCUCGGUGUGGACAUGAUGAUUGAAAGUUGCCUUAUUUUAAUGGUUUUACUGCUUCAAACUUGUUCCUCAUCACCUGAUUGUUGAAAUCACCCAUAGAUGCCACCAAGUGGCGCUGCACCCACCGAACUGUUCCACCACACUACUCCUGCCCAUUAUCUGUUUUCAGCUGUCUUCCAAGUGUCAUAUGGUCUGUUACAAGUCCAGUCCAGUCCAGUCCAGUCCAGUCCAGUAGUCCUCCGCUGUGUUUGCAGUCUGUGGCUUUUUUCUGCUGAAACACAUCAAAUCACAUCUCCUCUUCCCCCACCAAAACCAUCUCUGGGUGCUUCCAUCCGUGACUCCAUCCAUCUGUUGACCUUCAGUGACACUAAAGGACUGUCGUCAUCUUUCUGGAUUACUUGAAGAAAGGAUGGUUAUUUCUGAGGUGAUCUUUAUCCAGAGACAAAAACAAGGCUCAAACGCUAGACUUCGCCAUCACCCAGCCGGCCCGCUGCCUCCUCCUUCAGUUACACAAACGCUGGAUGGCGCAGUUGCGCACAGGUACAGAUGUAGCAGUAGCCUCAUUUAAAAACUAAAACACGCCGCAACGUUGUGGAUUCAGGACAAAGGAUGUCAGAUACUGAUCCUUUAUUUUUGUUCCUCUAAUAAUAUAAAUGUGAAUUUGACAGAUGAAGAGAAAUGAUUACAGCUCCCGGCUCCUCCUAUUAUUGUUUAUAGAACAGAUUAUAUAUUUGCCUUACAUGUGUACGUACUCUAACUUUUUUUUUUUUAAAUGGUCUCAUUAUCUUUUAAUGCUUUUUAAUUUCAAUUUGCAGUGUUUUUUUCUAGCAUUGUUUUGAUGAUGAUGAAGGUGGAGUUGUGUUAGGCUGAUGUGUGGGGGGGGAUUACAUCUGUGAACUUUUAUUUAGAGUCAGGAACAUGGUUCACAUCACAAAAAAGGGAAAGUUCAGAGAUUCAGUAAAAAGUGUUUUUGCCAAAAUGACAAUACGGCCAAAGGAAAUAGAUUGUGAAUAUUCAUCCUUAACAUGGUGUUCUUCAAAGGUGACAAAAAUGUUGCCUCACUUUUUUAAAAAGAGUUAAUCAGAUCUGAGUUUGGGGGAAAAAAAACUUGAGUCUUGAGUCUUAAUGUACACAGACACAUCAUCUGAUUCCUCAACGCAGCGCCCCCUUCAGUCAUUAACAGACUGUGUGAUUAGGUCUGGUCUCUGUAUCUUUUGGUUGUUGGAUUUUUUUUCUUCUUUAAAAAAAGACUGAUGUUUAAAAAUAAGUUAUUUGAAAACAACACAGGAUUAAAGGUUUUGUUGGUCACCGCAGGUCAGGUAGCUCACUCUCUCACCUUCAGGGGGAGCUAUUGAGGCAGGGUAGUUCAUGUACUGUUUCACUGUACUGCAGUACUGACAUUUAUAUUUGUACAUUUUUGUACAGGUUGCAAAAAACAUGCAUUUUGUCCUUUCUUUAUUACACAGACCACAUAUUUGACAACCUUUAUGCAACUUAAUUUAAAAGGAGCUCUUCUUGAGCUUCCUCCAACUUUUAAAGUUUGGGGGGUUUUAGUCUAGGGUCCUUUGUGUGUCAUCGCUGCCCCCGUUGCACCUCUAAAAUUAAUCAUUUCCAAAAAACAACCAUUUAAAAAAAGGGAAAUUGUUGUAAAUCCAUACAUAGGAUAUUACACUAUGAAAACUUAUACAUUUUUAUUUUAAAUUAGUACAGGAAACCACCGUGAGGUUCUUUUUGGGCAACAAUAAUGCAGCGACUGUUCAUGUUUGAUGCUUCAUUAACCAAGAAAAAUCCAAUGACCAAAAGACAGUCAUUUUGAAAUGUUAAAAUGCUUCUGAGGAAUCAAGACAGAAAACAAAAUGUUGUAGAAAGAACUUUUUUUUUAGUUCUAAUCAUUCAUUCUGUUGGUUUCAGUUCCUGCUAAAAAGUUAAUAUUAAGUCAGUGUUUCUUCACCACUUCCUCUAAACUCUAAAAUGAUGAAAAAGCAAAGCUGUACUUUUCCUUUCAAUGUCACGUCAGUGGAACUUCAGGGAGAUUGGGGGCAGUUAGAGACACAUAUGUUGUUGAGUUCUUCACAAAGAUUUACAGAGAGUUGGAUUAAAAAAAAAAAGUUAUAUUCAGAAAGGCAGAAUUACACAAAUUUCUACAAAAAAAAAAAAAAGAGAAAAUCAUGAGAAUCCAGCAAAAGCUGGUUUCAACAGCUUUCCUCCUGUGUCACAUCCCUCUGACAUUUCGGGAGGACUGCUGAUUGGCGUCUUUGCAAAAACAGUAGGGGGCAGUGCUCUCUCUGCUGAUCAGAUAUACAAAGACUUGACCAGAGGAAUGAGCAAUGGAUGUUGGGAAGAGGAAGAGGAAGUUGCAGAGAGUAAUUUGGUGAGUUAAUGAUGUCUGGAGAUAAAAAAAAAAUGAAUAGAGGACAAAAUUCCAUAAAGCCAUAUGAAUAAGAAGAUAACUGUAUAUGAACCAUUCAGAUUCACCACA